GUGGGGAGGGGUAGCUGUUCUAUGGCCGCUUCUAGUGCGGCUCUUCGCAAAUGAGCAGAAAGGAGGCUAGGGCUCCCCUCCGCGCAUUUGAGCGAGCGGUGAGCCUCCGCGCGAUCGGCCACCCAGCCCAGGGCAGGGAACGGGUGGUGGUCGGCUGAGCCCGCGGUACCCGCCUCUGUCGCCGCCUCUGCGGGCCCCGCUCUCUCCUCAGGGUCCCAUGAUGGCGGCGGCGUGGAUGGACCCGACGCGGGUGUCUGUGACCUUCGAUGAUGUGGCCGUGACUUUUACCCAGGAGGAGUGGGGGCAGCUGGACCUGGAUCAGAGGACCCUGUACCAGGAGGUGAUGCUGGAAAACUGUGGGCUCCUGGUGUCUCUGGGGUGUCCUGUUCCCAGAUCUGAGCUGAUCUACCAGCUGGAGCAGGGGCAGGAGCUGUGGACGGUGAAGAAAGACCUCUCCCGAAGCACCUGUCCAGGUGACAAAGGAAAGCCCAAGACCACAGAACCUACCACUUGUGAGCCAGCCCUGUCUGAGGGAGUCUCACUCCAGCAACAACUAAUACAAAGAGUUUCAGAGGACUCCCAGUUGGGCCAAUUCAACGAUCAGGAAGGGUCAUUGGAAAUGCAAGAAGGACACUUGAGACCAGAGAUAGAACCCCAGAAGGGGAAGCUCCCUGGGAAACCAAGCUCUGAAUAUGGCAGCUUAGGGACACCUGGUGGUGUGUGUUCAAGGAUUGUAGAGGAGCCAGUCCCUCCAGGAGGUACUGUCCAUGACCAUGACUCAUGUGGAUCUGGUAAUGAUCUCAUGAUUCAAGAAGAGGAAAGUAUCUUUAAAUGCAACGAAUGUGGGAAAAUUUUUAAUAAGAAACGCCUCCUUGCUCGACAUGAGAGGAUUCACUCUGGAGUGAAGCCCUAUGAAUGCACAGAGUGUGGGAAAACGUUUAGUAAGAGCACUUACCUCCUUCAACACCACAUGGUCCACACCGGGGAGAAGCCCUAUAAGUGCAUGGAGUGUGGCAAGGCCUUCAACCGCAAGUCACACCUUACACAACACCAGCGGAUUCACAGUGGAGAAAAGCCUUAUAAAUGCAAUGAAUGUGGAAAGGCCUUCACCCACCGCUCCACUUUUGUUUUGCAUAACAGGAGCCACACUGGAGAAAAACCUUUUGUGUGCAAAGAAUGUGGAAAAGCCUUCCGAGAUAGGCCAGGUUUCAUUCGACACUACAUCAUCCACAGUGGUGAGAAUCCGUAUGAGUGCUUUGAAUGUGGCAAGGUCUUUAAACACAGGUCAUACCUCAUGUGGCACCAGCAGACUCACACUGGGGAGAAGCCCUACGAAUGCAGUGAAUGUGGGAAAGCCUUCUGUGAGAGCGCAGCCCUCAUUCACCACUAUGUCAUCCACACUGGGGAGAAGCCCUUUGAGUGCCUCGAGUGCGGGAAGGCCUUCAACCACAGGUCAUACCUCAAGAGGCACCAACGGAUUCACACUGGGGAGAAGCCCUACGUGUGCACUGAAUGUGGAAAGGCCUUCACCCACUGCUCCACUUUUAUCUUGCAUAAACGGGCCCACACUGGAGAGAAACCUUUUGAGUGCAAAGAAUGUGGGAAAGCCUUUAGCAAUCGGGCAGACCUCAUUCGGCACUUCAGCAUCCACACUGGAGAGAAGCCCUACGAGUGCAUGGAGUGUGGGAAGGCCUUUAACCGCAGGUCAGGCCUCACCAGGCACCAGCGGAUUCACAGUGGAGAGAAGCCCUAUGAAUGCCUCGAGUGUGGGAAAACCUUCUGCUGGAGCACAAACCUCAUUCGACACUCCAUUAUCCACACUGGAGAGAAGCCCUAUGAGUGCAGUGAGUGUGGCAAGGCCUUCAGUCGCAGCUCAUCCCUAACUCAGCAUCAGAGGGUUCAUACUGGGAGAAACCCUGUCAGUGUGACGGAUGUGGGAAGAACCUUCACAAGUGGGCAAUCCUCAGUCAAUCUUCAAGAACUCCUAUUGGGGAAAGACUUUUUGCAUGUAACCACUGAGGAAAAUCUUUUGCCAGAGGAAACAUCUUACUCAGAAUCUGAUCAUUCAUACCAAAGAGAAACCCCACAAUUUUCUUCCCUGUGAGAAUACCUAUUGCAGGAUAUCAGUUGUCAUCUAAAGAGUCAUAUUGGAAAUUGACCCAACCUAGAGCCUUAUUCUACAUCUGAGAAUUCAUCAAGAAGAGAGACCCAGUGGUUAUUAUGCACUUUGGAAAACCUUCAGCUACAUCUUUCUUCUUAGUUUACACUUCAGUGUUAUCUCAGGAAUUUUUUUUUAAACAGAAGGGAGAGACUUAAAAUAGAAAAUGAACUACAAAAUGUUUCUUUCAGACUUCCUUGCCAAGCUAUGCUACUUUGUCAUUGAUUCCUUAGUUGGCAGGAGGAUAGUUUUGUUUCCAUGGUAAAGAACCUAGACUCUAUGUGUCUUGUAUAUACAUUCAUUGCUAUCCAGUUUAAAGAGAGUUAGACAGGUCUGAAAACUUUCAUUGAACAUCUCCUUUGUUCUAAAACAUUGUCUCUAUUCUUAAGGACCUUAAUUUUUUGGUUUGAGCCAUCAAAUACCUUUAUAUUUAAGGAGAUAAGAAUACACAUAUGAAUGGGCUCUGUUGCACCAUUUUAGACUAUUUAGGCUUUGAUUCUUUAAAGACAGACCUUUUCUUCAUGUGGUUUUAAAGACCUAAUACUCAGACUUUUUCUUGGUCCUGUACUAUUAUUGGUUUACGAAUUGCUCUAGUUAUGUGGUAAAUCUUUUAAUCAGGUAAAGUGAGUCCUCUGUCUUCAGUCUUCUUAUUUAAAACUGAUUAACACUCCUCGUUACUUUGAAUUUCCAUGUAAAGUUUCGGAUAAGCUUGUCUGUUUUUACCAGAAAAAAACUAUUGAAUUUUGAUAGAAAUUGAGUUAAAUUGGCAGAUUUAUCUGUUGAGAGUUGGCAUCUGUACUGUUUUGAGACCUCCAAUUCAUGAAAACAUUAUGUCUGUACAUUUAUUUGAUAUGGCUUGAUUUACUUCAUUACUAUUUUAUAAGUCUCAAUAAUAGGUCCUGUACAAUUUUUUUAAGAUUUAUAUAUAGGUUUUUUUUUGAGUAGUUAUAAAUGGCAUUGAUCUUUAAACUUUCAGUUUCCACACAGUCUUUGGUAGUAUACAGAAAUAUGUAUAUUUUUCAUGUUAUUUUGGUAUCCUGCAACCUUGCUGUUUCUUUUGAUAGAAUGCUUGGUAUUUUCUACAUAGAAGUAUCAUCUGCAAUUAGAGACAGUUUUACUUCUUCCCAUCUGUAUACCUGUUAUUUCUUUUUCUUGUCCUACUGCACUAGCUAAGAUUUCCAAUAUGACGUUAAAUACUAGUAGUGAGAAAACAUGUUCUUGCCUGGGUCCUGAUAUUAGGGGAAAAGCAUUCAGAUUUUCAUCAUUAACUAUGGUGUUAGUGUAAGGUUUUCUUCAUAGAGUUUUCUUUAUCAAGUUUAGAAAGUUUCCCAUAUUCCUAAUUUACUGAGUUUUUUUGUUGUUGUGAAUGAGUGUUGAACUUUGUCAAAUGCUUUUUUUGUAAUCAGUUGAUAGAGUCCUGUGUUUUUUCUUCUGUAGCCUGUUGAUAUGAUGUAUUACAUUCAUUUGAGAUUUGAAUGUUGAACCAGCCUUGUAUCCUUGGAAUAAGCCCCACUUGGUCAUGGAGUAUAAUUAUUUUUAUAUAUUAUAUUACAGUAUUAAAUAUGCUAGUAUUUUGUUGAGGAAGUUUUCCUCUAAUUUCAUGAGUGACAGUGAUAUGCAGUUUUCUUUCUCUAUAUAUAUUUUUUUCAGUUGUCAUUGUCUGGUUUUGGUGUCUAGGUGAUUCUGGCCUCCUAACAUGUGUUAACAGGUGUUCUAUUAUUCGGAAGACAGUGUGUUGUAUAGAAUUGGUUUUAUUUGUUCUUUUAAUGUUUGGUAGCAUUCUCCAGUGAACCAUUUAGUCCUGGAGAUUUUUCUUUUGGAUGCUUUUUAAUUAUGUAUUUAUUUUAUUUAAUAUGUAUAGAACUAUCCAGAGUAUCUAUUUCAUAUUGGAUAAGUUUUUAUAGUUUAUCUUUUUCUAGGAAUUGUCCCAUUUCAUCUAAAUUUUCUUAUUUGUUUAAAGUAUUCCUUUAUUAUCCUUUUGAUGGCAGCAGAAUCUGUCCUUAUAGCCCCUGUUUUAUUCCUAUUAUUGGAAAUGUGUUAACUCUCUUUUAUCUUUGUCAAUCUUCUUAGACAUUUAUCAAUUUUUUUUAUUUCAAGGAACCAGCACUUUAUAUCAUUUUUUCCUCUAUCUUUUCCUAAUUUCACUGAUUAUAUUUUUUUUCUGGUCUUUAUUAUAUCCUUUCUUCUACUUGCUUUGAUAGUAUUUUCCUUUGCAGUUUUUUGAGGUGGGUGCUUAGGUUAUUGAUUUGAGGGGUUUUUUUUUUUCACUUUACUAAUGUAAGCAUUAAGUUCUAGAAACUUCCCUCACAGUACUGUUUUAGCUUCUUGUCUUAUGUUCUAAUUACAUUUCAUUCAGUUCUAAAUAUUUCUUUAUUCGAGACUCUCUAACCCAUGGAUUAUUUAGAAGUAUGUUGUUUCAUUUCCCAGUGUUUGGAGUAUUUUGUGCUUUCUUCUAAUUUCUUUUACGUUUGAUUUGGCUAUUUAAAUUUUUUGAGGUUUGUUUUAUGACCCAGGAUAUUUGAUGAAUGUUCAGUAAGGCUGCUUGAAAAAAGAGUGUGUAUCCUACUGUCAUUGGGUGGAGUUUGUAUAUGUAUGUACCAUAUACUGUUCAUUGAUGGUGUUUUUCAGAUUUUCUGUAUCUGCUGAUUUCCUGCCUCGUAUUUUUAUCAACAGCUGAGAAAGGGGUGUUGAAGUCCUGCAGUUUAAUUCUAGAGUUGUCUCUUCCUCCUUUAAGUUCUGUCAAUGUUCACUUCAUGUAUUUCAAAGCUCUGUUGUUUGGUGCAUACACAUUUAGGAUUGCUAUGUCAUCUUGGUGUAAUAACCCUUUUAUCAUUAUGCUUUCUUUUUGCUCCUCUAAAUUUUUUUGCUUUGAAGUAUACUUUAUCCGAUAUUAAUGUAGCCACUAUUGAGUUUUUUGGUUAAUGUUUGGAUGGUUUAUAUUUUUCCAUAAUUUUAUUUUCAACCUUAUCUAUAUUGUUACAUUUGAAGUAAUGUAAUAUGUGAAUAUUGUGCAUAGCAUAUACUUGGCUCAUUUUCUUAUAUCCAUCUUACUGAUUUCUGUUUUAAAAUUGGUAUAUAUAGGCCAUUUAAAUUUAAAAUAAUUAUUGAUAUUUUUAGGGCUUUCAACUACCAUUUUAUGAUGUUUUUGUUGCUCUGUUGUUUGGUUUUGAGGGGGUACUUUUUGUUGUUUGCUUUGCCUUCUUGUGGGUUACUUUAAUGUUAGGAACUCCACUUGAUAUAUCUGUGAUGUUGUUUAGUAUAUCUCUUGUAUUUUAGUGGUUACUCUAGGUAUUGUAUUGUACAUACAUAACUUAUCACAGCCUACGGUAUCAACACUUUAGCAGUUUGACACGUAGAAACUGUACUUCCAUUGGGUACCUUUACAUUCCCCAUUCUUUUAAUAUAAUUGUCUUAAGUAUUUCCUUUUCAUAUACUGAACACCGUAUUGGAUGAUGUUCUUUUUGCUUCAACUGUCAAACAAUUUUUACAAAACUCAGAAGCACAGUCUGUUUACUUCUACUUUUACUCAUUACAUUGUUCUUUCUUCCUUCUUGAAAUCUCAAGUUUCUUCCAUUAACAGUUUCUUUUUAAAUUUUUUGCCCCACGAACAUCUAUAGCCUGUCUUUUGUUGCAGAUUUACUGGUAACAAGUGUUUUUGUUUUCCUUCAUCUAAAAAUGUCUUUAUGUCUCUUUCAUUCCCAAAGGAUAUUUUUGUGGGAUAUAGGAUUCAGGGUCAGCAGUUCUUUUAGUACUUGAAAGGCAAGUAAGUCAUUUCCUUCUGUCUUCCAGAUGGGAAAUCUGAUCUGUUUCAGUUGAGAAGUCUGCUGCCAUUUGACUCAUUAUUUCCUUAUCUGUAAUGUAUCAGUUAUGUCAAGUGCUUUGAAAGUGUUUUUCCUUGUAUAUAGAGUUCAGAAGUUUGAUUAUGAUGUAACCUGCCAUAAAAUUUGGGGGGCUUAUCCUGUUUGGUGUUUGCUCAGCUUUUCAAAUUUUGUGGUGUAUGCCAUUUGGCAAAUUUGGGAAAUUUUUAGUUAUUCUUCAACUAGUUUUUUCAGCCCUUUGUUCUCUUGUUCUUGUUCCAUAGGAUUCUCAGGCUCCCAUCUUUUUGUUUGCCCUAGUCUGUUUUUCUCUGUUGCUCACGUUGAUUAAUUUCCAUUGAUUUCUCUUUGAGCUCACUGAUUCCUUCUCUCUCAUAUAUAAUCUACUAUUGAGCUCAUCCAAUGAAUUUUUGUUUUGGUUUUUGAAUUUUUCAGCUGUCUGAUUUCCAUUUGGUUCUUUUACACAUCUUCUAUUUCUUUGCCUAGUUUAUGAUGCCAAAGAAGGACUCUGAGAAAACAAACAAAACUGUGUAGUCCAAAGUCAGUGGUUCUCUGGUGGUUUAUCUUGAUACUGGAAUAGAAAUCCUAAAGUAUCUGGAGGAAUGGAAGACCUGCCAUCUUCUGUGUUGUUAUCUACAAAUAUUUCUCAAGAAAAUAAAACUGGGCAACCUGCAGAUUGUUCAGAGUUGUGUUCUCCAGGGAAGAUUUGUGUGUAAAAUUUCCGAGCUCUCUAAGGCUUGUUAUAGCCUCAAAGGAGAAUGGGCUACUCCUCUUCCAGGUUCAGUCUUCCUCUUUGUUGUUGAACACAUUCUCCCAUAUUCCCCAACUUGUAUAGGGCCUCUGUCUUUCUUUUGUGCCUCUACUUCUUGGUCUUUAACUUCUCCCUCUGAAUCCCCUUCUGUCCUCACAAUCUAUACCUGUGUUCCUCACCCCCAGGCACUUUCUCCCCUACAUGCGCAUUGAGCUCUGACCUUCUCUUUUCUCUCACAGAUACACCCUGUGUGACUGUUCUGUCCACAGCCUGUCCUCACCCCCUCAUGUCCCUUUCGCUCCACUAACAACUAAAGAAUGACCUCCACAUGGUUGCCUGACUUAAGCAGGUCUCACAAAGUUCCCUUUUGUCUUCUCUCCUCCUCCCGCCCUCCCACCACUGUUGGACUGCUGCCCACCUCUCUGACUUGAAGGUCCUUUCCUGGUUUCUGUGAGUUCUUACCCUUCUUCAGAGAGUCUGUGUCUUCAGCCCAUGUAUUAAACAAUACAAUACAAUAUUAAACCUGUGUCUCCAGGUUGAAUGUUUCUCAUGUCUGUUACCCUCUGUUCAUACUUCCACACCUUCUGUGUAUUCAUAUACACUGAGUUUAUGCAUGUGUCAUUUGGCCAAGACCAUCACCAUAAGGAUGCACCCAUAAUAAUUCUAAGAGCAAGCAAACAUGUGGUAUUACUGUAUAUCAGCCAUUGUUUUGAAUGUUUAAACACAUCAACUCUUAACCUUUGCAACCAGUCUAUGUGGUAGGUAAUAUUAUCCUCAUUUUACAAAUCAGCAAACUGAGGAACAGAAAGAUUAAGGCGUUUGCCCCAAAUUGUACAGUCGUUACAAAGUAUGAGAUUAGGGAUUGGAGGCCAUUUAGGCUGGCUGCAGAGUCCAUGCCCUUAUCACUUUCCUAGAUUCCUUCUUGUAGUAUGAAUCUUUGUUUUCCUGGUCACUAUUCAUUUUUACUAAAACGGAUCAAAUAAUACUCAUUUGAUCUGUAACCCCCUUUCUCAUUUUAUAGUACAUCUUGGCCAUCCUUUCAGUUUGAGUGAGAAACCAAACUCAGUCUUCAAUGGUUGCAUCAUCUCUUGUAACUUUGUAGGAAAUAUAGAUAAUCUCCGAGUUUGAGGAAGCAGGGAGGUAGAAAAGGGCUAAGGUUGGCAUUUGGUUUUAGACAUUGUGUUUGAGGUGCCUGAAAAGACAGUCUCAGUGAAUUCCACUAUCUUCUAUCUUGUUGACCAAGCCAGACACCUCACAGCCAUUUUUCUUUCAUCAUCCUCACAUCCAGCCACUGCCUGAUUCUGUUCAUUUUACGUUUUUAUUUUCCUCAGUAGACAAUAUAUGUGUGUGUUAGUGAAUGGCCACACACAGUAGUGUAUUUUUAUGUUUGCCUCCCUCACAGUGUUUACACAAAGCUGUGUGUAUAGUUGGCACAGUAUAUGACAUAUGUUGACCACAAAGAGAAACUAUGUGGGCUUUUAUGGACAGAUCUAUAAGACUUUAAAAGUCAUAAUGAAUGACUGUGUUGAAAGUCCUCAAGACUACCCAGGUUUAUGACUUACUAGGAAGCAUCAAAGGACUCAGCAUAUUAUACUCAUCAUUGAUGGUUUAUGACAGCACAAGAAUACAAAGCAAGCUCAGUCAAGGGAAAAGAUACAAGGACUGGAGUCCAGAGGAAACCAGGGACAAGCUUUAGGAAUUCUGAGUGCUUAAUUUAAGUUCUGUCAAUGAAUUAUGACUGCAUGUGUGAAAUGUCUACUAGGGAAACAGAACCUCAGUGCCUAUGAUUUUUAUUGGGCACUCUGUCUAGAGCAUAACAAAAUUCUAGACCUCCAGAAGCAUAGCAGGUUAGCAGCAUAAGCCACCUUGUUUGCACAAACAAUAGGUGCACUGAGCCAUUCAUCAUUUCUGGGAAUGAUAGGAAGCCUCCUGAAAUCUAAGGCCCCAAACUGUAGCCAAGGGCAAACUUUUUUUUUUUUUUUUUUUUUUUUGGUAUGCGGGCCUCUCACUGUUGUGGCCUCUCCCGUUGCGGAGCACAGGCUCCGGACGCGCAGGCUUAUCGGCCAUGGCUCACGGGCCCAGCCGCCCCGCGGCACGUGGGAUCUUCCCGGACCUGGGCACAAACCCGUGUCCCCUGCAUCGGCAGGCGGACUCCCAACCACUGCGCCACCAGGGAAGCCCAAAACUUUGAAGCUCAAAGGAUAGCAUGCUAUAUUAACUCUUCUUCACAGUCACUUAAAUGGUACCUAAAUGUUGAGAAAGUUCAAAUUUCUUUAACAAAUAUUAAAUACAGUUUGCUACAACAAGAAAGAAGUCAUAGCUUUGAGGUGAAGGCUUAUAUACAUGUAAAUCACUGAAACGAAAACAAUCAGUUAUGUCAGAGUGGAAAUUCUUACAUAAUGGUCAAGAUUUAAUUUAGUGAUGACAAAAUAUAGAGAAUGUCUGGUGAGAAAGAAGCUUGCCUCUCAAUAAAUCUGUGUCUAUUUAGAUAUGUCGUCAGUGGUUUGACUUGCAAAUAUUCCCUUUAUUUGUUUUUAUUUGUACAAAGAUGUAACGACCAGGUCAAUGCUGUGUAUUUCCAUUGCACAUAUGUCAACAGUUUCUCAUUUACUUUUUGUUCCCACUGUUGAAACUUGUAGCCUUUGACUUCAACAAAGAGAAAAUUAAAGAACAUGGGGUCAUAAUAAUUCCUACAUCAUUAAAUGUGCAUAACUGGAGAUUAAAGGGUGUGUUGUUGCAGGCUUAGUCAAGUUCAUGGACCUGUGUGUGAGUUUUACUGAGAUGGUAUGGGAGCAUUUGGUCCAGCUGGGAGGGCCCUCUACAGAGACAUGAUGCUGGAGAUCUGUAGGAAUCUGGUCUCUGGGAGUAUUUGCCUCUCCUUUGCACUCUUUGUACUUUGUACUCAUACUCUGGCCCGCAGACUGCCUUUCCUGUCUUAGUUAUCGGAUGCUGAGGUGCCUCUGGAAUGCUCAAAGACGUCAUCCUUGAGUUUUGAGGGUUAAAGAUUUGUAAUCUGUUCACAGGUAUGUUACACACCUGACAAUUGAAUGGUCUAAGCUAAAUUGUAAAUGGGCACUAUUUUCCCUUCCUUGGAGCAGUGUCAAGAGCAUGGACCCUCUAGUCAGACCACCUGGUUACACUUCCUGGCCUUGUUCUAACCAGCUGGAAGACUUGAAGGAAACUUCUGUCUGCCGUGAUUUUUAA